AUGGAUAGUGGUAUUCAGAAGGUAGAAGGGGGCUGUCAUGAUGGCUAUCUUGUACAAAAGGAACGAAUGUGCUUUAUGAGCUCCUGGGGACACGCAAGAGCUCCUCAAAGAGAAGAGGCCAACACAUUGCAUCCAGACUCGGAGAAGACUUUGCCACACGGAGAGCAAAUUCACGCUCUGCAGACGCUCACUGAAGCAGGGGCGGCCGGGUCAGAACGUGACUGUGGAGAGGACUCGGCUGUCACCGUGAGCGCCCGAAGUAGAGGUCGAAAGUCCUCCCGCGGCAAAGCCCGAGUCCGCGCUGCUCCCGGCGACGCCUCUCGCGACCUGGGUCCGCCACAGUUCCAGAGCCCCGGGGAAGACACCCGGGUGGCAUAGGUACAGACUGGCGCAGAUGGCGGUGACUCGAAGGCGGCUGCUCCUGCGCUGGCCGUGCAGCCCAGGGUCGAGGACCAGGACACCUGCCGGCUGCUCUUGGACUGCGGCCUCGCGCUCAGGGCUGGGCUGCAGGGGACCCAGGGGGCCACGGCCUUCGCAGAGCGCCUGGCCCCAGACACCAUCUUCGUGGGAACUGCGGGAGCUGUGGCGAAGCUGAAGUACCGACCCCGUGCCAGAACCUGGCAUGGCCCUUCUGGAAAGAAAAUGCCAGAAAAGCGCUGUAGCCAGGCGGGGUGGGAGCCUCAGGCUGCAGCUGGUGGGAAGCCAAAGAAAGGGGCGGCUGGGGAGUGCACCCCCGACUCAGUUGGGGAAGAAAGGAAAAUGGGGGAGACACAUUCUGGGUUGGGGCUCCUAGAGACCGAAGGCGACAUGGACACGCUGGAGAUGGUCCAGCUGAAGCUGGAGACCAUGAACGUCAGGCUUGCGCGCAAGUUCGGGCAGUUGCGACGACACCACUUGGAGUGCAGCAAUGUCCUCAUCAAGAGCAUCCCGGGCUUUUGGGAGCAAGCUUUCCAAAACCACCCCCAGCUCUCUGCCUUUCUCAAUGGCCACGAUAAAGAGGUGCUAAGCUAUUUGAACAGCUUAGAAGUAGAGGAACUUGGCCUCCUUAGAUUGAGCUACAAGAUCAAGUUCUACUUUGGCCCUAACCCCUAUUUUCAAAAUAAAGUGCUCAUUAACGAAGGGUGUGGGCCUUCCGGUCAGGUGGUUUCUCAUUCUACUCAUCAGUGGCUCCCAGGGCAUGAUCUGCACUCCAUGACUCAGGGAAACCCAGAAAAAAGCCAUAGCUUCUUUGGGUGGUUUGUAAACCACACUUCUAUUAAGUCUGACAAGAUUGUUGAGAUAAUCAAUGAGGACCUAUGGCCCAACCCUCUGCUUGAAGGGGCUGAUGGAGAGAAAGCAAUGGAAGCCAGGCCAGGCCCAGCAAAGCAGCCAGGGGAGAUCCCACGCCUAGAAUAAAACUGUCCGACUGAUCCUGUGCGAAUCUCUCUAUUACCUCCUGCGGGACCAGUUCGUGGCUCUCUACAUGUGUCCUUCAUCUUGGUUUCUACGUGCUGUAGUCCAUUUGGACUUUAGCCAGAAUAUGGCACUUAAUAACAUGUUCUUUUGCUUUGCUGUGGCUUUCUUUUUUUUUUUUUUAAAUAAUAGUGUCGCAUGUUAUGUGAUCUCAUCCUGCUGUUUCCGUGUAAAGCACUUAUGCUUGAGGUGUGUACUGCCUUUCUGUACAUUGCCUCAACCCUAGGUUUGUUUGUUUGUUUGUUUUGGUUCUGGGGAUUGAACUUACGACCUUGCACUCACCAGGCAAGUGCUUGAGCCACUGAGCUAAAUCCCCAGCCCUCGACCCUGUUUUUGACUCUGGCCUUCUCCCCUUAGCAGUAAUAUAAACAUUCUCAAGUCAUUCUUCGGGAGGCCCAGAGCAUCCUCGAGCUCUGCUGCUUCAUGGCUGGUGGCUUGCUGGGCUGCAGGUUCAUCCUGGCCAUGCACUUUAUCAAUGGGAAGCUUUACUGUUCCCGCUGCAAAAUUAAGCCAAUGCAUGUGACUAGCCAGAAUUUAUUGUCAUGUGAGUUUGGGAGUACCAGCUAAGAUGCCACCUACUUAUUUCCAGCUUUGGCGAGCAGAAUGGCACUUGACUGCUGGGCUUCAAUGGGUAGUAUGCCACGUAUUCCAUCGCGUGUCUUCUUGCCUCUGAGCGUGUCUGCUGAUGAACCUUUGCUUCUGGCUAAGCCAGGUGACUCUCAGACCACUAACUUUUGUCUAGAUUGCUGUUGGCCCUUGUUGGCUUCCUGGUCAACAAGGACCUCAGGAACUGCCUAUUGACUCAAGCACCUGCCAGUGCAUGAGACACACACUAGCCUUUCCCAGGUUUCAGGGCCCUACUGGCUGAGACUGGUAGGGAAGACUGCCAUGUACGGCCACAUGCUCACUUCUUCGUAUGUGACUCUAGGCAAGAGUGGGCCUGGGCCCCACCUUUGUCAACUAAAUACAUUUGUCAAACUCCCUUAAUUUCCUCUGAGACAUGCUCAGGGUACCCUAGGGGAGGCGCUCUGGGGGAGGUGUUUCCGUCUCUGUGGACUGCUGUCUGCUUGAUGUUAUCUCGUGUAUCCAGGGUACUUCCUUGAGUUCCAGAGCCCUCUCCCACUCUAUCUUCCACUGUCUCUCUUUCUUUCUCUUGCUGCCACCUUCCUUUCCCCUUCCCCCUUUCCUUUCUUCCUUUAUUUUUUGGAACUUUUUAAAAUAGUACUACAGAUCAGACAAGAGAGGAGGCAACCAUGGUUUUCUACAUAUAGAAAUGUAGAACAUAUAGAAAUGUCUACAUAUACAGGUGGAGACCUCUAUGCACACGCUCAUGCUAGGCUAAAAUAGUCAAUGAAACCAAAGGGCAGGUGGGUUUGCGGUCAGAUUCCUCACACCUGGGUCCUACUCUAUAGUUCUGAAGUUGAAAACUCAGGGCGACUAUGUGGUAGACUAUUUUCCACUUUUUUGUGUGUGACACUCAGGAUUAAACCCAAGGCCUAUGCACUUACAGCUUCAGCCCUUUAAAAAAUAGCAUGGGUGUGUGUGUGUGUGUGUGUGUGUGUGUGUGUGUGUGUGUGUGUGAGAGAGAGAGAGAGAGAGAGAGAGAGAGAGAGAGAGAGAGAGAGAGAAAGAGAGAGAGAGAAGAUCUCACUAAAUUGCUAAGUUGCCUAGGCUGGGCUUUAAUCUUCCUGCCUCAGCCUCCCACACUACUACAGUCUGUGCUGGUUAUGACUUUUGUGUACAUGUUUUUCAAGAUCCAGGGUCCUCCUGCUGUCUCUUGGAGUAGUUUCAGCCACCUGGAUCAUCAGUCCCAGCUCCCGCUCUGACAGUCUUUCACUGUAUACCUUCAGAUGCUGCAGGGGUGGGCAUUUGUCUCCACUUUGGAGGAUUCCAAGGUGCAUCUAGGGCAUGGGAAUCUGUUCUAGACCUUCAGGUUAUUUCCAGCAGCUGGGCAAACGGAGCUGGGCCCAUCCUGCCCAGGCUAGCCUGUGUCCUCCUUCCCCUCAUCCCUGAGGGUGGAAAGGAGGAUCAGGUCUACAUCUACAGUCCCCCAGCUUCCCUUAACUUAGGUUAGACCUCAGUCUAAGUUUUGUAAGGGAGUCCUUGGCUGAGAGUUGCAGUAAGGGGAGGCUAGCAGGGAAAUUGGAGCAAAAAUGUGGAGCAGGCGUGAUCCUGGUAAGGGAUGGCCCUGGGAAAGCUGACAGAAAUGGCCUGAGAAGCUGCAGGGAGAGCCUGCUUAUCUCAGUGAUAGAAGAUGGGUAAAAAGAGCCUUCCUCGGGGUCAGGAAGGGAGCGUUAAAGAAGUUGUUGAUAGGAUGCUUAAGUGAGGGCGAGUCUAGAGUUUUGUCUCCUUUGUAUCUUAUCAUUCAUGGCUUUUUUAAAUAUCACAAAAACAAACUAAAAACAGAAUAAUGUUACUUGGGAUGCUUCCUCUUUAGUUCUAGAUGUGACCUUGUAUGUGUGGAUGAUUAAUGCUACAUUGCUGUGUAUUUUGCCUCUGAAAUCUUAAGCGCUUUCUACACUUUUGCCUAAAAUGUGCAAGUCCACUCUUCUAUAGAAGCUGUUUUGCUUUUUGUUAUGGAGAUUUUCAGAAACGCAAAGGUCAGUCCUUGGGUCCUGUGUGCCAUCCGCUGGCUACAGUCACCAGCCACAGUUAACCUGGUUUCAUGUACAGUUUCUUCUACCUGUGAUGUUUAUUGAAAGUCCAGCUGGGCUGCUUUGAGAUACUGGAACUCUGGCGGUGAUAGUUGUGUGGCGUAUUAACAUUAUCAAAUAUGCUUUUUGCUUUCAUAACUAAUGAAGUCCCAGAAAUGGACCUUAGAAGUGAGUUUUCAGAAUUAGUAAGGAGACUCAGAGAUAAAGGGAUUCUCUGUCUCCCCCACAUCCUCAAAAGGAGAGACUGUUCAGUUAUAAAAGUACUAUAAAGACUGUGAUGUAGUCAGGCGAGGCCUGCACUACAUAGUGAGACCCUGUCUCAAAAACAGAAACAAAAACCAAAACCCUCCAAUGUAAGGUACUUGAGACCCUUCACUGUAAAAUCGGUUUUUUUUUUCCUGUGUUAUAUAGAGGGUUGUGUGACCAUUAGGAUGGUUAUCAGCUUGUCCUGGUUUCAUAAUACAACUCUGGUCUUGAAAGUAUAAUUUGGAAAUCAUUUUGUUCUGUGAAAAUAACCUCCCAAAAGUAAAGUAAUCACUAAUUGUUGUACUUGAUAAUUUUACAUUUUGGUAAUAAUACAAUUAUUUCUGUGUUCCUAAAACAGCAUAAAUUGUUGUUCGCUUGGAUGCAUGUUGAAAAAAUAAAACCAUAUGUCUCUGUUA